AUGGUUUCAGAGGCCUCAGUUGAAGUGUUUCUGGAAACUUCCCUGCCACGUGCUCUAAACACGUUGUCUCUGUGUUUCUUUUGUCUCGGCAGUUUGGUAACUCUUAUUCGACGUCCAUCCGAUUUAGUGAAUGUUCCUCAUCAUCAGCAACAAAACAAAUGCACAACGUUAGUGAAAAAUAAAACCGCGGCUGCAGCUGCCUUGCAGCUGACGUACCCUCUGUUCACUGCCAAUGCCUGUUCUGCUGGUGGGAACCCUAAUCUUCCACAGACACAGAGUUCUGGUAACUCAUGUGCUCUACUUGAAGCUGCCAAGCACCAGGAUAUUGGAUUGCCUAGAGCAUUUUCUUUCUGUUAUCAGCAAGAAACUGAAUCCACGAAACAGACUUUGGGUGGUAGAAACAAAGGUUUACCUGAGCAGGUUUGGAUUAAAGUGGGAGAAGCGCUAUGUAAGCAAGCGGUCAAUAAGAGGAGUCGGAGCAGAAUCCACCAGCCAGAUACGGAUGUGCAGCGAAGGGCCCUGGGAGAGAUCCAGAAUGUGGGCGAGGGUUCUGCUGCCACACAGGAUGCCUGGCAGUCGGUGGAGUCCUCACAGGCGAGCCUCGGGGAGCAGGCGCAGAGUGGGCCGCCAGGAGGGCGGUCUCAGCGCAGGGAGCGGCACAACCGCAUGGAGAGAGACAGAAGGCGCAGAAUCCGCAUCUGCUGUGAUGAGCUGAACCUUUUAGUCCCGUUCUGCAACACUGAGACCGAUAAGGCAACGACUCUGCAGUGGACGACGGCGUUCCUGAAAUACAUUCAGGAGAGACAUGGGGACACUCUCAGAAAGAUGCUGGCCCAGAAUUCUGACGCCCAGGAUGCGUGGCGAGGCCCUGGGGAAGUGAGCCUAGUGCCCUGGUUUUGCCCCCUGCCCUCGCUGUCACGCCACUGCACAGACUGCAGGGAGGCUGACGGGAGGCCGAGGGGGGGCUGGCACAGCGGGCGCAGAAUCUCUGCGAAGAGCCUCCCAAGUCUGGCUCCUAGGAGGCCCGGGAGCGCCACGGUCAGCCUGCUUGCACUGUGCGCUCAGACUCUGUCCUCUGGGUGUCCCUCGUCUGUGUCCACAUGGCGUUUACGCCCUGUGAGUCACGUGACUCCAUCAACUUCCUUGCUUCCAUCGCAUGUUUGGCUGCGUCUUAGAGCAACACUUUAUCAGAUUUCUUCUAAUUGAAUCAUUAUAGUUAUUUAUAAUGCAGUUACUCUUCAAUAUUAUUUGUUAGAGGUAGA